UAAAGUUUCAUUCUUCCUUUUUCGCUGCGUUAGGCUUGUUGUUUAACAGUUUCGUCAGGUGUUUACGGGACUGGAUCACAUCUGAAGUGCCGCAGAUAAGCUAGCCAAGAACUCGCGGCGAAGGGGCUCUUUGAUGUGCCGGGUGAUUACGGUGAAGGAGCCGGUGCCGGGUGAUUACGGUGAAGGAGCCGGUGCCGGGUCACCGGACGGGAAUGACCAAACCCGCUCCCUUUCAUGUUGAUUUCUGUCUCCGAUGCAGAAGAGUAUUGGUGUAGUUUGCGUAUUCCUCGUCUUUUGCGCAGCGCUGUCGGAGACCGUCGGAUUGGUGAUUGCGGCGAAAGAGAAGCGUGGCUGGACUCUGAACAGCGCCGGCUAUCUGCUGGGGCCCCGUCGUAUUGAACACCUUAUACAGAUAAAGGACAGUCCGAGUGCAAGGGGGAGAGAGGACCUGCUUGAUGAAUACGCCAUCGACAAUCACAGGGCGCUCGGCAACAAGCAUGGCCUUGCUGGGAAGAGGGAUCUGCCCUUGGAGGACGACUUCAAAUCAAGUGCCCUGAGAAUAGCGGACGAGAAUGUAAUACACACCAUCAUCGACUUCCUGUCCUACCUGAAGCUGAAAGAAAUGGGAGCCCUUGAGAAUGUGUCCCCCUCCCUCACAUCAGAAGAGUUGGGCCAGCCUUAGCCGGGCUUGGCGUCCCGUGUCCAGGACCUGAUCCCGCCUCGGUACCCCUAAUCACGCACUUUCCAAACAGACCCAGACACUCUGGCUGCUGCAGCCCAAUCUGCUAGGACCUUCCCUCCCGCUCAACUCCUCCCAACAAACAAAGGAUUGAGUUUUUGUUUUUAUUUGUUUUUCUUUAUUCCCAGUCAGUGGUUUUUGGAAAAAUUAUGUCUUAUGAAUAAUAAAACUAGUUAAGUGCACUGGA